UUUGCUGGAUUUCUUCUCUACUUUUACUUUCAUCGUAGCCUGUAGGUUGGAAGAUGAAUCUGCCAAAUGUUCAUAAAGUCAAACUUGUCUUUUGAUGAGAUUUUCCCUAAUACUGUUAAUUAAGAAUGAGAAGAAACCGGCCAAAUAGUUCUACUGGAAAGCACCAUGGUGGAGGUGGUUUUGUAGAUUAUGAUGAUGGGGAUUUUGCAUUUAUGCCAGCUGGUCCGAAACCAAAGAAACCUGGGAAUAAAGGUCAAGCUCGGGGAGGAUUCAGAGGAAGAGGAAGGGGUGAUAGAGGGAGAGGAGGAAGUGAUAGAGGGAGAGGAGGAAGUGAUAGAGGGAGAGGAGGAAGUGAUAGAGGUAGAGGAGGAAGUGAUAGGGGUAGAGGAGCAGAUCGAGGGAGGGGGGGAGGUAGAGGUAAUGACCGUGGAAGAGGUGGAAACGAAGGGAAUAGAUAUGGUGGUUCAUCAAGCAAUGAUUUCUCAUCUUCAAGGGGAAAAGGUGGUGAUAGUCGUGUUCAGAUGCAACAUCUGUAUAUGAGUAAUGAAAAUCAGGAUAUGGUACGAGAUGUUUUAUUUGCUAUUAGAAGAGGUGACUAUGAAACUAUAGAUUCAUUUGGUGAUGAUGAUCAGAAUGGAAAAGAUGAUGAUGUUUACGGUGAUCAAGAUUAUGAAUUAGAAGAUGAAGAAGAUGAUGAUGAUGAAGAAGAAGAUGAAAGUUAUUAUAAUAAUAGACAUGAUGAUAAACAGUACUGGGUAACAGAUAAAAAUUUGGUUAUAGAAGAUACUACAAGUUACGCUGAAAUGGAUGCUGAAGAAAUACCUAAAUUACAAUAUAAAACUAUGAAUAAUCAAUUUGCAAUACAACGAUUAAUGAGAUGUGGUUUUCAUAAAUCAAGAUGUCAGGAUGCCUUACAGUUAUAUAACGAUGAUAUUGGAGCAGCUUUAGAUUUCUUAUUAUGUGAAUGUUUUGAUUUAGAAUAUAAUCCUAGUCAGUCAGGUGAACAAUUAACACAAGAGAUUUUAGAUGCCAGAUCAGAGGAAAUGAUGGUACUACAAGGUAUAUUUGAUGAUAGAUUUGAGGAGAGAUUGUCCAAUAAAAUAUGGAUUCUAAAUCUGGAGCUUCCCCAUUUAGCAGAACUUUCCAAACCAACAUUUGAAUUAAAGAGUCAUUCGCGAGGAUCCAAGGUAAAAGUGGAUACAGAUAAAAGACCUUUGUGUAAAUAUUUCUCCAGUAAAGUGGGAUGUCGGUUUGGAAGUAAAUGCAAAUUUAAACAUGCCCUGAAAGAAAAUCCUAAUACCGUAGAAGCUAUAGCAGAACCAUUACGUGAAGCUGAAUCGCCUAAGUGUCCAUUUCAGUUAGAAAUAAGAUUUAUAAAUGGAAAUAAAUAUCCCGAAGAACCCCCAUUAGUUAUAUUUUCAUCAAUAUUAGACUAUUUCCCCCAACAUGGUGCCUUAAAUAUUAGUCAAUAUUUAUUUCAUGAAGCCAAAUCGUUAUCUGAAUUUCAUAGUCCUGUUGUGUUUAGUAUAGCUAGUCUAUUAGAAGAAGAUAAUACAGGAACAUUGAUUGAAAUUUUACAACGACCGCCGUCUGCAUGUAGCCUACCCAAACCGAUUAUUUCAAUGAAACAAUUUCAAGCGAGAGAAGAAACUAACGAGAAAAUGGAACGGGUAUCAAUACCACAAAUUAAACCUGAUGAUGACAAAAUGAUUGAGAAUGGAAAAGCGGCCAUGUUGAGAAUGGUAGAUAGAGAUGAAGAAAGAUUUUCUCAAAAUAAGAAAAAAUCUGAUAAUGACCCAAAACCCAGUGAAAAAUAUGGUAGGAAAAAUACAAGAAUGGCUAGUCAAAUUGAAAACUCUCCAUUCAACAAAAGAUUAAAAGAUGAUUUUGUUCGGAAACUGGAUUCAAAGGGUUAUAAAGAUCGUCAAACAUCACGAUCUGGAUUACCAGCAUGGGAUAUGAAGGAAGAAAUAUUAAAGACAUUAGAAGACAAUCAAGUCACCGUCAUAAGUGGUAUGACAGGGUGUGGUAAGACAACCCAAGUGCCACAGUUUAUUCUAGAAUCAUACUUAAGCAGCGGAAAGAAUAAGAUGUGUAAUAUCAUCUGUACACAACCUCGUAGAAUAUCAGCCAUUGCUGUAGCUCAACGUGUAGCACAAGAACAAGUUGAUAAGAUUGGUAAAUUAGUUGGUUAUCAAAUCAGACUGGAGAAUAUUCAGUCUGCUUCAACACGUUUAUUAUUUUGUACAACUGGUAUUAUAUUAAGACGUUUAGAAGGUGAUCCUAUGUUACAUGGUGUUUCACAUCUUAUUAUUGAUGAAGUUCAUGAACGGACUGAAGAAAGUGACUUCUUAAUGAUGAUUCUGAGAGAUCUUUUAGUUACAAGAACUGACCUUAAAGUAAUACUGAUGAGUGCCACUUUAAAUGCUGAUCUUUUUUCUCGAUAUUUUGGUUGUUGUCCUACUGUUGAAAUACCAGGUUUGUAA